AUGCUGCCCCGGGCAGACACCAAGACGACGGCUAUGGACCCGCAGGAGGCCAGGGCUCGCACAAGUCGGGCGGUCGCGGGCGGCCGACGCCCCGCGCUCACCGAGGCCUCGGCCCAGUCGAGCGUCGGCGGCUCGGGGGGAGGGGAGGGAGGCCCUGAGAGAGCAGCGGGCUCAACGGAGGAGGAGAAGGAGAAGGAGGAGGAGGAGAAAUAUGCUGCGCGCAGACCGCCCGCAGCGCGCCGCGAGGCGCCGACCUCGUCGAGAACCAAAGGGAGCCGUCGUGCCGCUGGGAGCCGCGCGGCGAGCUCCGCGCCGCGCCGCUGGCGCCGCCCGCCGCGCGCGGCGCGGGCACGGCGGCGCGCGGCCCAGCAGACGGAGGCCAGGCGGCAAGCCGCGCCCAGGGGCGCCGCGCCCACUGAGCUCGCCCGCAGCGCGCCGAGGGAGCGAGGAUGA